GGCCGCGACUUCACCUCCGAGGCCGGGGUCCUCUCGCCGCCGCGGCCCCGAGCGCCCUGAGCGCGCGCCCCCGCCAGCGGGAUCCGCGCCCCCCCCUCCCCCCGCGCCGCACUUGGUACGGCCCCGCCGCGGCCUCCAUAUUAGGGAACGGAGAGCGAGCGGGCGGCGCGGCCAAUGGGGAUCUCCGCGGGGUGCGGCCCAGCCAAUGAGGAGCGCGCGGGGCGGGCGCUGACUCUGGCUACGGCGGCCGGAAGGGGCUGAGCGCGGCCGCGGCGCGACCCCGGCGGAGCGCCCCCGCCCCCCGCGCCCGGUGCCGGCGGCGGCCACGUGCGGAGCGCCCGGUGCGCGGCGCCCGGCGCGAUGAGCGAGUUGAAGGACUGCCCGCUGCAGUUCCACGACUUCAAGUCGGUGGACCACGGCAAGGUGUGCCCGCGCUACACGGCCGUGCUGGCGCGCUCCGAGGACGACGGCAUCGGCAUCGAGGAGCUGGACACGCUGCAGCUGGAGCUCGAGACGCUGCUGUCGUCCGCCAGCCGCCGCCUGCGCGUGCUGGAGGCCGAGACCCAGAUCCUGACGGACUGGCAGGACAAGAAGGGGGACCGGCGGUUCCUGAAGCUGAAGGAGCACGACCUGGGCGCCCCGGUCAAGCACGGCAAGCCCAAGAAGCAGAAGCUCGAGGGCAAGGGGGGCCACGGGCCGGGGCCGGGCCCCGGGCGGCCCAAGUCCAAGAACCUGCAGCCCAAGAUCCAGGAGUACGAGUUCCCCGACGACCCCGUGGACGUGCCGCGCAUCCCCAAGAACGACGCGCCCAACAGGUUCUGGAACUCGGUGGAGCCGUACUGCGCCGACCUCACCACCGAGGAGCUGCGCGUGCUGGAGGAGCUGCUCAAGCCGCCCGAGGACGAGGCCGAGCACUACAAGAUCCCGCCCCUGGGGAAGCACUACUCGCAGCGCUGGGCCCAGGAGGACCUGCUGGAGGAGCAGAAAGACGGCGCCCGCGUGGCUGCAGCUGCGGACAAGAAGAAAGGCGUCCUGGGGCCACUGACCGAGCUGGACACGAAAGAUGUGGACGCACUGCUGAAGAAGUCGGAGGCCCAGCACGAGCAGCCCGAGGAUGGCUGCCCCUUCGGCCCCCUGACGCAGCGCCUCCUACAAGCGCUGGUGGAGGAGAACAUCAUCUCCCCCGUGGAGGACUCCCCGAUCCCCGAGAUCGUGGGCAAGGACUCGGGGGCUGAUGGCGCUGGCACCUCGCCCCGCAGCCAGAACAAGCCCUUCAGCGUGCCGCACACCAAGUCGCUGGAGGGGCGCAUCAAGGAGGAGCUGAUCGCACAGGGGCUGCUGGACUCGGAGGACCGCCCGGCCGAGGACGCUGAGGACGAGGUGCUGGCGGAGCUGCGCAAGCGGCAGGCGGAGCUCAAGGCGCUCAGCGCUCACAACCGCGCCAAGAAGCACGACCUGCUCCGGCUGGCCAAGGAGGAGCUGCACCGGCAGGAGCUGCGGCAGCGCGUGCGCAUGGCGGACAACGAGGUCAUGGACGCCUUCCGCAAGAUCAUGGCCGCGCGGCAGAAGAAGCGCACGCCCACCAAGAAGGAGAAGGACCAGGCCUGGAAGACCCUGAAGGAGCGGGAGAGCAUCCUCAAGCUACUGGACGGCUAGCGGGGCUCUGGACUUGCCCGCGCCGCCCCGCUGGAGACUGGCUGAGCGCGGGGCCGUGUGCCGGGGGGGGGCCGCGCUCCCUGGGGUCGGGGCUGCGGGGGGGUGGAGGGGCCUUGCUUGCUGCCAUGGAGCGGGGCGGCCGGGCCCGCACCCCGGCUGCUUGUCUGCCACGGCCAGGCGGGCGCUGCGCCGCCCUUGCCCUCCCUCUCCCCGGGCGCCUCUUGCUGUGACUCCCCUGCCCCUGGCUGCCCCAGCCCAGCUGGCCCGCGGGGCGGCCGAUGUGGGGGCGGCCCCGCGCCCGGGGGUCGCGUUGUGUGCGGCCCGCGCCUGCCCUCAAUAAAGCCCGUGCGCGAA